AUGCUGGCAUCACCCCUCUGUACCCCAAUCCAGCAAGUCGUUAAAACCAUCUCCUACACAAUCAUGUCCACCCGUCGCGGCGUCGGCCUGGGUGCCUUCGCCAACCGCACCCAAGCCAGCCAAUCAUACGCCAACCAUGGCGCCAACCUCCGCUCCACGCACCUCUCCUCGCUGCAAACGCAACUCUCCGUCUUCCAGUCUCUCCUGCACACCUUCGCCCUGGAGCACAGCUCCACUAUCAAAUCGAACCCGACGUUCCGCGCAGAGUUCGCGCGCAUGUGCAACACCAUCGGCGUCGACCCACUGGCCGCCAGCAAUGUAAAGAGCAAAAGCGCCCGCGGCGGCAGCGUCUGGACGCAGAUCAUGGGCGGGGGCAUGAACGACUUCUACUUUGAGGUUGCGGUGCGCGUCGUCGAGCUGUGUCGGGAGACACGCAGCGAAAACGGUGGGCUCCUAGGCGUGAAAGAGUGCCGGAAACGAGUCGGGCAGGGGAAAGCCAUCGGGAGUGGACUGGAAGUCACCGAGUAUGUUCCCGCUGCCUGUUCAUGGAUCAAAGGCGAGUAUCGACUAACCGAUGUGUCUAUCAGUGACGACGUCUUACGGGCCGUCAAAUCCCUCGAGCCCCUAGGCUCGGGCUUCUCGAUCGUCCGCGUAGGAAGUAAACAGUAUAUCCGGUCCGUGCCCAAGGAACUUAAUACCGAUCAGGCGACGGUGCUCGAGGUCAUCCAGAUCCUGGGAUACACGGUCAUUGACGAUCUCCUGGCGGAUGGUCUGGUUUGGCUCGACGCCCAGGGCGAGGAGAACGAGUAUUGGUCGCCGCAGAAUCUCCUUGGGGAUAAUACCCAGCGUCUGUUUGUGAAUCGUUUCAAGAUGUCCCGUUGA